AUGUCACCUACAUUGUUCAACUUAUACACCGCAGACUUACAUGCUUCUCUGCCCGAAGAUGUUUGGAUGACCCAAUAUGUUGACGACUUCAAUUUGAUAGUACGUGCUAGAAACCUCGAAACAUUAAAAGCAAAAUGUCAAGAGGUGACUGAAACCUUUGUGAUUAAAGCAGAAAACCUGGGAUUCAAGGUCAACUCUGCCAAAACCAAGGUGAUGAUAUUCCGCAAAGGGCAAACUCAACUACAACUAAGUAUAAACGGAGAAACAGUUGAAACUGUGAGAACCCACAAAUAUUUGGGAAUCACAAUUGACUCGGCAUUAGGAUUCGGCGCCGAAGCUAGAACGUUGAAAAGCAAGAUUAACGACAGGAUGAACAUGUUAAAGAUGAUUUGCAACAUCAGAGUAGGGACACAUCCUCAAACACUUACCCGCAUCUAUACGGCGUUGAUUAGAAGCCUCAUCGACUAUAAUGCUACAGUUUUUUGCAAUGCACCAAAAACGAACAAAAAGUUUCUAGAGGUGGUCAACAAUCAAUGUCUCAGGCGAGUCACUGGUUGCACCCGAACCACACCACUUAACACCCUCAUGGCAAUCGCAGGACAGGUUCCACUUGAUAUACGGCACGAGUAUAUCUGUGCCAAGGUCAUAAUAAAGAAUUUAGCCUAUAGGACAGUCGUAGGUUCACAGCUUUCAUCCAUUAACGCCAACGAUGAUGACGAAGAUCUAUCCUACAUGGAAAAAGUAUACCUGAAAUUCAAACCAGUUUUCGAUCUAAUUAUGCCUUUCACCAAACAUGAACCUAUAAACCUUAAGAUAAACGACAGACUCGACGGUCUAGCAAACGCCAAAAAGAACACCAAUACGCAACAACUCAAACAACUGACGUUAUUUACAAUGAACGGUACCCACUCUGGAAAACAAAAAAUUUUCACAGAUGCUUCCAAAAUUAACGAAACUUGUGGCAUUGGUAUAUUUAACGAAUACUACAAACAAAGAUACUCCUUUAGACUGGCCCAUGAGACCAGUAUCACCGAAGCUGAAAUAACAGCAAUCGAAAUAGCCCUUGAACGUUUAGUCACACCGAACACCGAAUUCGUCCUGUACACUGAUUCACUAUCAGCAUGCACCAUCCUAAAGAAUGCAGAAAAUGAGACAUUGCUGCCACUACAAUUACACAAGAUACUGCAACUUGCCCAUAGAAAGAAAGUCACCAUUCAGUGGAUUCCUAGCCAUAUCGGCAUAUUCGGGAAUGAUUUAGCCGACAGCCUAGCCAAACAAGCUAGUACAGAUCCUGGCUCUCAAUCAAUUGAUAAUCUUCUUUGCAUUAACGAUGCCAUCCUAAAAGUUAAAAGAAACCAAACUAAAGCAGCAAACGAUUGGUACCAAAACUAUGCCAAUGCAGAAGGCAAAGGCAAAACCUUUUACCUGAUACAAAACUCCUUGGAAGAAAAGCCCUGGUAUCACAACAUCAAGUUAUCUAAUACUGAAGUUAGAUUAUUAAAUCGAUUGCAGUCUGGCCACGACUAUUCACCAUACUGGAAACACAAAAUAAAAAUAAUUGAUGACGCUGAAUGUGAACUUUGUCACACUCCCGAAACAAGCGACCACUUAAUACUACAUUGCUCAAAGUACGAAACACUAAGAUCCUCAUUCGAGUACAACCAGAAAUUUGCAAACUUAACCGAACUGUUUAAAACCAAAAACAUCAAGUUUUACAAAGAAAUUUGCAAAUUCGAAAAGGAAGCGAAACUCAACCUCUGA